AUGGAUGAAAAGUGAGUGUGGAUGCUUUGCAGAUGCGCAAUCGCGAGCGUGGUUUGACUAUGUUCGUCAUGAUUGCCCCUCCUUCGCACAGGUACGACGCCAUCAUUCUCGGCACAGGAGUGACGGAAUGCGUCCUGUCCGCGCUCUUGUCCGUCGAGGGCAAGAAAGUCUUGCACAUUGACCGCAACGACUAUUACGGAGCAGACUGCGCCAGUCUCAAUUUGACCCAGCUUUGGCAAAAGUUUAGACCUGGUCAAGAGCCACCAAAGGAUAUCGGUCGUGACAGAGACUAUGCAGUCGACCUCAUUGCCAAGUUCAUGAUGGCCAAUGGGGAACUUACAAAGAUGCUGGUUCACACUGAUGUGACCAGAUACCUGGAGUUCAAGCAAAUCGCGGGCUCCUACGUUUUCCGCGAUGGAAGAGUGGCCAAGGUGCCGGCGACGGAGAUGGAAGCGGUCAGGAGCUCCCUCAUGGGUCUCUUUGAGAAGCGCAGAGCAAAGAAGUUCUUCGAGUUCCUUCAAAACUGGAAGGACGAUGAUCCUGCCACACAUCAGGGUGAGUCCGACUUCACACUGCGAUCUCCGGCCCUUACAAGCUCUUCACGCGGCCGCAGUCCGCUUACGGACCUGUACGACACCUCGAUGCGGUACUUGUCCGUUGCUGACUUCCCUGCGAUUGUAUAAUCCUGCAGGGUUGAGUCUGGAUAACGACAACAUGACGAAAAUCUUCGACUACUUUGGUCUUGAGCCUGGCACACGCGACUUCAUUGGCCAUGCUAUGGCCCUUCAUCUCGAAGACUCGUGAGUUCCUGUAUCGCGAAGCAUGCCCCGCGAGAGCCAGCACAUCGCUUGACAGCAAGUUGACUGGCUCAUCUCUCUCACAGCUACAUGCAGCGACCUGCGAGAGAGACGUAUGACCGCAUCAUCUUGUACACAUCCUCCAUGGCGCGUUACGGCAAGUCGCCUUACAUCUACCCUCUAUACGGAUUGGGCGAGCUCCCUCAAGCAUUUGCUCGUCUUUCCGCCAUCUAUGGAGGUACCUAUAUGCUCGACAAGCCUGUCGACGAAAUCGUAGUAGAUGAAGAGACUGGAAAGUUCAAGGGUGUUCGAAGUGGCGAGGAGACUGUCUAUGCGGAUCUAGUCAUUGGUGACCCAAGCUACUUUAGACAGGGCGUCGGGGCCGCUGACAAGAGGAAACAGCUGGUCAGGGAGACAGCCAAAGUUGUCAGAGCUAUUUGUUUGCUCAAGCACCCCAUUCCAAACACGGACAACACGGACUCCACCCAGCUCAUCAUCCCUCAGAACCAGGUCAACCGCAAGCACGGUGAGCAGGUGUGCGUAUGAAUCGCAAAUUGACUUUCUUGCUGAGUGUCGGCGACCCUACUUGUAGACAUUUAUGUUGCCGAGGUCUCGAGCGCUCAGAACAUUUGCGCCAAGGACAUCUACGUUGCGCAGGUGAGUACAGGAGCUGUAAACACCACGAUGGAAUUUGUCACCUGAAAGACCGAUGCUCUGUGCCGCGCAGGUCUCGACCAUCGUCGAGAGCUCUACACCCGAGUUGGAGCUUCGACCGGGGUUCGAACUUCUUGGUCCCAUCUUCGAGAAGUAAGUUGUCUCUACACGGUAUCGCGCUCCGUCGCAUUACUUUCCUGCUCGCGCGUGCUCACGCUGCUGCGCCUUGUCUGUCUGGAAUCAGGUUCGUAACUGUCGCGCCAGUCGAAGAGCCCUUGGAGGACGGCAAGGAGAGCAACAUCUACAUUACGCGCUCCCUCGAUGCCACUUCUCACUUCGAGACGCUUGUGGAUGAUGUUCACUCUGUCUUUGAGAGGUGCAUGGGCAAGGGCCUCGUCCUCAAGAAGCGAGAGGAGGGAGCUCAGAUUCAGGAGUAG